ACCGGACGCACCGAGUGGAACCAGCUGGUCGCCAACGGCGACGGAAAAAUGCACCGCAGCUCGCUCCUCGACGCGCUCUCGCCGGACCUCAAGGCUCGCGUCGAAGCGUCGCUCGGACGACCCAUCUCCGAGCCAGCGCCUUCGCCGCGGGCGGUCCGCCCCUGCGCCACGGCGCCGCCAGUGGCGCUCUUGCGUCCGGACGAAAUCGCCGCCAUCACUGCGUCGCCGGGCUACGUUGUGCGCCACGGGCUGCUAGGCCCAAACGACGCCGCCGCCGUGCAUGCUGCCUGUAGCGAGCUCCGCGCCUUGAACCCGCUGCGGCCCGCCCAAGUCGGCCUCGGCGACGUCACGACGCACGUUGCCAGCGCACGUGGCGACCAGCUGCUGUGGCUGCCUCAGGACGAAUCUGCGCUGCCGCCACCGCUCCAGCGCCUUCUCCAGCACAUUGAGAAGCUUGUGUAUGGACUCGUCAAGGCAUCGCCGGGCCUUGGUAUCCGCAACAUGCGAUCGACGCAAUUUGCGAUCUUUCCUGGGAACGGCGCACGCUUCGUGCCGCAUGUCGAUACACCAACACCGACGACGACCAAGCCAAGUCGUCGGCUCACGUGUCUCUACUACCUCAACCCACAUUGGGUGCCUGACCACGGCGGCGCCCUGCGCCUGCAUCUCGCUAACAACGUAGUGGACAUUGCGCCAACGUUGGAUACGCUCGUGCUCUUUCGCAGCGCCGACGUGCGCCACGAGGUGCGCCCGGCGUUCGCCGACCGCUUGGCGUUGACGAUCUGGUACUACGGUGACGCGCCGGCUCCGUCUCCGUCGCAUGCCACCGCCUCGAUGCCACCGCCGCUCCCGAGCUCCGACAGGAACGACGACGACGACGCGACGAUCUUUGUAUCGAUUCCGAGCUUCCGCGAUUCCGAGUGCGCGCCGACGUUGCGCGCCUUGCUCUCGACCGCCAAGGUGCCACGUCGGGUGCAUGUCGGCGUCUGCAUGCAAGCCACGCCGGACGACGACGUUCAGUUUCUGCACCCGCCGCCGCCAAACGUUCGCGUGCACUUUAUGGACGCCGCCGACGCGACCGGCCCGUGCUUGGCACGCUAUUGUACGCAGCAACUCUACAACGGCGAGACGUACUACCUCCAGAUCGACAGCCACAUGCGGUUUCGCCGCCACUGGGAUGCCUACUUGAUCGAGCAGCUCGCGUCGUGUCCGUCGACCAAGCCCAUUUUAACCACAUACCCUCUCGGCUACGACCGCCCCGACGUGGUGCCCGCUGAUGUUCGCCCGACGCUGCUCUGUGCGCUGCCGGGCAUGGACGACACGGGGCUUCUGCGGCAAUGCGGCAAGGUGCUCAAAUUGCCCACGCCAGCACCCCUACCCUCUCGCUUUUGGGCGGCGGGGUUUGCGUUUAGCCGUGGCAGCGUCGUGCACGAGGUGCCGUACGACCCGCAUCUUCAUUUUGUGUUUUUCGGCGAAGAGCUCAGCAUGGCCGCACGCCUCUUCACGUCGGGUUAUGACUUUUUUGCGCCGAGCCAAGCGGUCGUGUACCACCUGUGGUCCCGCGCCCACCGCCCGUCGUUCCGUGACCAGUCGCCGCACCCGACCGACGAGAAUGCAGCGAGCUACGUGCGCGCGCUCGUGCGAGGUGACAUCUUAGACGCCAAGGCUACCGAGGUGUACAAAGGACUCGGCCACGUCCGGCCGCUGAGCGCCUACCACGCUCUGCUCAACGUGUCAUUUGCAGAGAAUGAGGUCGAUUGGACAACUCUCUGGGGCGGCCGCGACCCGAUCGAGUUUGCCUUGGACGCUGCCUUGACGCAGUAGCUGGCAUCAAUCGACAGUCAUGCCAUGUCCGUGUUGUGAUUGAUGCAGGGACAAAUACAUCAUUUUGCGAUUUAACAACCAUACAUGCCCGUCGCUG